AGAUUGAUAGAUUGAUAGAUAGAUAGAUAGAUAGAUAGAUAGAUAGAUAGAUAGAUAGAUAGAUAGAUAGAUAGAUAGAUAGAUUGAUUGAUUGAUAACUGACUUUAUUGCUGUGUUACGAGCAAUCCCAUUUAUCACACAAACAUGAACAUACAGGCACAGGUAAUAGAUACAGUGUAUAUUAAUAGUAUAAUUAUAUCUAUAAAUGUAAAGUCUAAUUGUAAUAUAUGAGUUAUUAACAGUGACAGUGAUCACAAUGACAUUUCUCAGUCCCUGCACACUGACCUCGUGGUUUCCGUCACAACGCCGGGGCAGUCCUCCGCCCAUGCGCAGUGCUCGUGGCGUGCUGGCAGCGGGACAGAGGUUCACUGGGGGAAAGGUGAAACUUGCUGGUCCGGGGAACAACACCAGUAGCUUGUGCUGGGAGUCGAUGCUGGGAGCUGCAGGCAGCGGGACCUGGACGAGGGAGAAGAAAUGGCUAAUCUGUUGUCAGAGUCUCAGGCGGAGCGGACCUUCCAGUACCAGAGCGUCCUGCCUCCCCUGCCUGUACCAACACUAGAGAGCAGCCUUUCCAUGUACCUGGAUGCUGUUCAUCCAUUUGCCUCUGAGAAAGAGUUUAAGGCGACCGUGGACAUUGUGAGGAAAUUCCAAGAGGGUGUUGGUAAAGAGCUGCACCAGAAACUACUGCAGAGAGCCAGGACGAAGAAGAACUGGUUGGAAGAAUGGUGGUUAGACGCAGCGUACCUGGAGGUCCGCAUCCCCUCUCAGCUGAAUGUGAACUUUGGAGGCCCGGCGCCGUACCUCGAGCACUGGUGGCCUCCUGCAGAGGGAGUUUACCUGCAGAGGGCCAGUAUAAGCACAUGGCACGCACUACAGUACUGGGACCUGAUCCGCACCGAGAAGCUGGCUCCUCAGAAAGUUGGAAAAACGGCAUUAGAUAUGGAUCAGUUCCGAAUGCUGUUCUGCACCUGCAAAGUGCCCGGAGAAAAGAAGGACACCAUCCGUAACUACUUCAAGACAGAGCGUGAGGGUCCGUGCCCCUCCCACUUAGUUGUGAUGUGUCGUGGACGGAUCUUCACAUUUGAUGCACUGUCUGAUGGACAAAUCCUCACUCCUCCAGAACUUUUCAGGCAGCUGAGAUAUGUGAAGGAGCGCUGUGAGGGAGAGCCAGAGGGAGACGGAGUCGCUGUUCUCACCUCAGAGGAGAGGACUCGCUGGGCGAAGGCCAGAGAGCAUCUAAUAAGCAUUGAUCCUCACAAUAACACCAUCCUGGAAACCAUUCAGAGCAGCCUGUUCAUCAUAUCUCUGGACGAGACCAAACCCUACUCCACUCCAGAGAACUACACAAAUAUGACCCAGGAAGCACUUAAAGGAGACCCCACAAUCCGCUGGGGAGACAAGUCGUACAAUUCAAUCUGCUUCUCAGACGGCACUUUUGGAUCCACCUGUGAUCAUGCCCCAUAUGAUGCCAUGGUCCUGGUGUCUCUGUGUUGGUAUGUGGACCAACAAAUCAAAGCCACAGAAGGCGAAUGGAAGGGGUCAGACUCAGUCAGGUCCAUGCCCCUUCCUGAGGAGAUGGUUUUUACUGUGGACGAGAAAGUCCUCAGUGACAUCAGCCAGGCCAAGCAGCAGUACCUGGAGACUGCACAGGACCUGCAGAUUGUGUGUUACGCCUUCACUGCAUUUGGAAAAGCAGCCAUCAAACAGAGGAAGCUGCAUCCUGACACCUUUGUUCAACUGGCGAUGCAGUUGGCCUAUUACAGAAUGCACAAAAGGCCCGGUAGCUGCUAUGAGACAGCAAUGACCCGCAAGUUCUACCACGGCAGGACGGAGACGAUGAGACCCUGCACCCAGGAGGCUGUGAACUGGUGUCGAGCCAUGAUCGACCCCUCAUGUGAUGUUAUUAGCAAUAGGAAAGCCAUGCUGCUGGCCUUCGAUCGACACAACAAGCUAAUGGCGGAGGCCCAGAAUGGAAAUGGUUUCGACAGGCAUCUGCUCGGCCUGUAUCUUAUUGCUAAAGAGGAGGGAGGUCCCAUCCCAGAGCUCUUCAUGGAUCCCCUCUACACAACGAGUGGUGGUGGUGGUAACUUUGUGCUGUCGUCCAGUCUGGUGGGCUACACCACAAUUCUGGGGGCUGUGGCUCCCAUGGUGCACCAGGGCUACGGCUUCUUUUACCGCAUUAGAGACGACAGGAUUGUGAUCUCCAUCUCAGCGUGGAACUCUUACCGCCCGACAGACGCUUCGACCCUUUUUAACCACUUCACCAGCUACCUGCACCAGAUGCUUCACCUGGCCACCACAUCUCAGCUUUAAAGACACAUAAGUGCUGAGCUGAAGCUGAUUUACACAUUUGCCUUUUACCUCUGUGUCUCAGUGUGAGCGUCAAUGCACAUUCGGUUCACAAACCUUCAGCUAAUCACCAGAUAGCAAGCAGAUCAAUGCAAAGACACGGAAUCACUGAAUCACUAGUUACCUUUAGGGGAUAUUUACUAAUAUCUCAAGUUAUGUUUUCUAUUUCAUUUUGGGUGAGUAAUCUGGUGAAAAUGUUCUUCCAGGUGUAAAUAUAUUUUAGUAUUAUUCUUGUACAUUUUAGAUUAUUUAAAUGUUGUUUAAUCCAUUGUAAAACCAAGCUGAUGAUGGUUGCACUCAGUGGUGAAAGAAACUGAAGCUCCUCUACACAGAACUGUGAAAAAUAACUGCUGCUACUCUUAGGCCUUGGAAUCUGCUGUAAUAAUGAUGUACUAAAAGGCAUUCCAAUUAAACCAAUAAAAAAGAAAUAUGAAAGAAAUUUAAACAAAACAA